AUGGGCGGUGAGGACUCCGGAAGCGCACUAGCCAAUCGGGUGGAUGCACGUUGUGGCUACAACACCCUUGAUUUAUUCUUUGCUAGACGCAUCGUCAGCGAGCUGGAUGCUCUAUUGAAUGAGCAUAAUGAAUUGUUGAAAAUAUUCAAAUCCCACAUGCACAAAUUAGUAAGCGAUAAUCACGCUAUUGUUAUCAAUCCUGAUAAAACACCAGCUGGAGAACACAUUCGUAGAUUCAAUGCACCUGUUGCUGACGACGUUGCUGGAAUCAAGGUUGGCGAUCGUACAGGAGCCGAAACAAACGAGAACUCUAGCUCGAAGGAUUAUUAUGCGUAUAGAUUGAUGAUAAGACGCGGGCUGGAUAACGUCAUUCUACGAUUUCGAGAGCUUUGUCAACAAUUCAUGGUCGACAUGUACGUGAAGAUAGAAGGCGAACGACUACGAUACUUACGAUAUAAUCAACUCAAGCUACGUGUGAAAGAGUACACUCACUUGCGAGACGCUAUUGUCAACAACGCCGACGCUGCCGAAAUUGGUAACUCUGUCAUUCUACCAUCAUCGUACGUAGGCAGUUCACGUCAUAUGCAAGAUUAUAUACAGGAUGCUCUGACUUUCGUGUGCGAAUAUGGGCGACCUUGUUUAUUUAUCACGUUCACAUGUAAUCCAAAAUGGCCAGAGAUUACAUCUUUGCUGUUGCCUGGCCAAAAUGCAAUACAUCGUCAUGACAUUACAGCACGUGUGUUUAGACAAAAGCUGAAGUCAUUAAUAAAUUUUAUUACUAAACCACAUGUAUUCGGUCCCACACGUUGCUGGCUGUAUUCGAUUGAGUGGCAAAAGCGAGCAUUACCUCAUGCCCAUAUUUUGGUAUGGUUAAUCGACAAAAUCCGUCCUGAAGAUAUAGAUAAUAUAAUUUCUGCAGAAAUUCCCGAUCCGUCUUCUGAUCAAUUGCUGUUUGAUAUUGUUACAGCAAACAUGGUUCAUGGCUCAUGCGGCACUUUUAAUCGUUCAUCACCUUGCAUGUCAGAUGAAAAAUGUACAAAAAAUUUCCCUAAAGAUUUCACUAACGAUACAAUCACAAAUGUCGACGGAUAUUCAAUAUAUUGUCGAAGGAAUCCAGAUAAUGGCGGACAAUCAUUUAUUAAAAACAUCAGCAACACAGACAUUGAUAUUGACAAUUCUUGGGUCGUGCCAUAUUCGCCCCUGCUGAGCAAAACAUACAAUGCUCAUAUUAAUGUUGAGUUCUGCAGUUCUGUGAAGAGCAUUAAAUACAUUUGCAAGUAUGUCCAUAAAGGCAGUGACAUGGCGGUGUUAAGAGUGGAAAAUACCAAUGUGAAUGCUCCUCCAGUAAAUAAAAACGAUGAAAUUACGCUCUGCCAAAUAGGUCGGUACAUCAGCUCCAAUGCAGCUGUUUGGCGUAUCUUUGGUUUUACAAUUCAUGAACGGGAUCCAGCAGUUGUUCAGUUAGCAGUUCAUCUUGAAAAUGGUCAACGUGUAUAUUUCACGAACGAGACAGCGAUUGAUCGUGCUAUAAAUCCACCAAAAACUACACUCACUGAAUUUUUUGAAUUGUGUAAUCGUGCGGAUGAUUUUGGUGCCUUUGCACCCCGAGCAGAGAUAUUGUGGGAUAAUCACAAAGAUUCAAUGACUGAUGAUAUAUUGCAUCAACAUCGUACACGGUGUAACGAUCUAGCGAUGAUAUUCAGCGACGAUAUUUACAAUGAAGCAUUGAUUGCUAUUGAGGAUCUUUGCAUUAUCAUUGCUAACUUACCACUCAGUCAUUUUGGUAAGAAUUCGCCAAAUCGAGGUGCAACUGAUUUAAUGAACACUGAAAUGAAUCGUGAAAUGCAGUACACCACUGUAGAAACGGCGGCGAUUGUUACUCGCAAUGUCCCACUAAUGAAUGAGGAACAAAGAACCAUUUACGACCGCAUUAUGCUCGCAGUUUCAGCAGGACAAGGUGGGUUCUUCUUUUUAGAUGCACCAGGUGGAAUUGGCAAGACAUUCCUUAUUUCGCUAAUUCUCGCAAAAAUACGAUCCAACAAUGGCAUCGCAUUGGCCGUUGCAUCAUCGGGCAUUGCGGCAACUUUAUUGGAUGAAGGCAGACCAGCUCAUUCAGUAUUUAAGCUACCACUAAAUAUUCAAAAUAACCCUGACGCAGUGUGCAACAUGAAAAAACAAUCGUCCAUAGCCACAGUGCUGAAACAGUUCCUUUCAGGUGACUUCAGACAAACAUUUCCCGUCAUUCCACGUUCAACAUACGCUGAUGAAAUCAACGCCUGCUUAAAAUCAUCGACGUGGCGUAGUAUUGAAAUAGUCCAGCUGAAAGUAAAUAUGCGCGUUCAAGUGCUUCAAGAUCCAUCCGCUGAAACAUUCUCAAAACAACUCUUAGAUAUCGGCGAUGGAAAAGUCACUAUAGCUGAAACUGGAUACAUAAAAUUAGCGAAUGAUUUCUGCACAAUCAUUGAUUUGCAAGAUGCUCUCAUUGAACAAAUAUUUCCCGAUGUACACACGAAUAACAUAAAUCUCGAGUGGCUUUCAGAAAGAGCAAUUUUUGAGUUUCGAAUUGUAAGUUUUGAGUUAUUGAGUUUUGAGGUUGCAGAGUAUGUGGGUAAAUCAGCGUUACCGAGGAGCGGGACUAUAAGUCACCCGGUUUCGUUUGAUGUAAGACGUUGGUCCAACCCUUUGAGACUUCCGGGUGGAAUGCCUAGGUCUGGUUGA